CAAAAAUACAUAUGCAUACACACAUACAUUAAAAUUUACAUCGAUACACGCACAUAUACGUAUACAUAUACAACACUCAUGCAUUAAAUUUACACAUACACCAUGGUUCGAACUGGCGCGUGUAAUCAACUCUGCCGAUCACAGCACGAUAUCAACACUGAGCUUGUGUGCUCGAACGCAACGGACGGGGCCAUGGGAGUUUUGUUUGCGUGUACAAUGCGCAAAAUCGAGGUCGGCGAAGAAAUAUUAACCGGCUACAAAAUCGUACGCACAGACGGUGUGGCCAAGGUAUCGUACAUGAUGAGAAUCCCAGAACAUGUACCACCAAACAGGUCGUGCAGUUCUAUAGUAAAAGCCAAGAAUUUGUCUGCGAAUGGGCCAAAUUAUCCGCAAAGAAAGAGGCUCAGCGUGAGCGAGCAUGCAACCUUCGAAAGAUGCUGAGAGGGUUAAGCUUAGAUAAAAGGUACCGAUUGUGCAUCGUGACAACUAUUCAUACGGGGUUUUUUUUCAAUUUUGAUCAUACUUGAAUGAAAUUUUGUACUCGUGUACACAAGCUUAUGUGCAUGGGAAUGAACCGUACGGAUUUUUUUGAAUUUGCACAUACUUGUAUGAAAUGUCGUACUCAUGUGUACAUGUAAUGUCGAAGUAUAGGCCGUAUUUUUUUUUUGCCUGUACAUGUACUUGUAAACGUGCAUGUAACUCCCAAGCAGCAGCUUGUUACUCACGAACGCAGACUAUAAUGUAAUUUGUACAUAUACACAUUUGUCCCUGUAUACUUGUAUUCAACACACCAUGUUACGUAUACACAUACAUGUACACAUACAUAUACACAUAUAU